AAACAGCAUACUGCUUGAACUUGUUAUCAGACCUUCAAAUGACCUUUUAUUCGUGUCCUCUCCUUUCUCAACAAUUUUGACAGUUCUAUUCGGUACCAGUCAGGGCGUGCAAUAGUUCCAAGUAGAAUCUUUUAGGAAAAUCCACAAUGAGCACCUACUUCCAGUACCCAACCCCUGAGCUCCAGGAGGAGCUGAAAAAGAUCGCCCAGGCGAUCGUUGCUCCAGGCAAGGGUAUCCUUGCUGCUGAUGAGUCCACUGGUACCAUGGGAAAGCGUCUUCAGGACAUCGGUGUUGAAAACACGGAGGAAAAUCGCCGCAAAUACCGCCAGCUCCUUUUCAGCACUGAUCCCGCUAUCUCCGAAAAUAUCUCCGGAGUGAUCCUGUUCCACGAGACCUUGUACCAGAAGGCUGAUGACGGCACUCCCUUGGUGGCGCUGCUGGAGAAGCGCGGCAUCAUCCCCGGCAUCAAGGUCGACAAGGGCGUCGUGCCUCUAUUCGGCUCGGAGGACGAGUGCACUACACAGGGCUUGGAUGACUUGGCCCAACGUUGUGCCCAAUACAAGAAGGAUGGCUGCCACUUCGCCAAGUGGCGUUGCGUGCUCAAGAUCGGCCGUAACACUCCGUCCUACCAGGCUAUCUUGGAGAACGCGAACGUGCUCGCGCGCUACGCUUCCAUCUGCCAGAGCCAGCGCAUCGUUCCUAUUGUUGAGCCCGAAGUUUUGCCUGAUGGCGAGCACGAUUUGGACCGUGCCCAAAAGGUGACCGAGCAGGUCCUCGCCGCCGUGUACAAGGCUCUGAGCGACCAUCACGUUUACCUCGAGGGUACACUCCUCAAGCCUAACAUGGUGACCGCGGGCCAGUCCUGCAAGAAGACCUACACCCCCAUGGACAUUGGACGCGCCACCGUCACCGCACUCCUUAGGACCGUGCCCGCUGCAGUGCCCGGAGUCACAUUCCUCUCUGGUGGUCAGUCUGAAGAGGAGGCCUCCGUCAACUUGAACGCCAUCAACACUGUGGACCUCAAGAGGCCGUGGGCCCUCACCUUCAGCUACGGCCGUGCUCUCCAGGCCUCCGUGCUCCGUGCCUGGGCCGGCAAGCAGGAGAACUUGCUCGCUGGACAGCAGGAGUUGUUGAAGCGCGCUAAGGCGAACGGUCUUGCAGUUAGAGGGAUAUAUGAAGCAGGGUCAAUUCCAUCACUUGCAUCUAGCAAAUCUAAUUUUGGUAACGGCCAGGCGUCCCAGGGCAAAUACGUCGCCGGAUCCGUAACAGGUGUGGGCGCUGAUGCCGGUCUAUUCGUUGCUAACCACGCGUACUAGACACACAGGAAGUUACACAGAAAUAUACACAGGAACACAGAAAAAUACACAACACAAGAUACACAAGGCACACACGGAACAAUACAGACUCACAGAUAUACUUGAUUGAAACGUUAUGAUUUACUGGCGCGCUGAAUCCUGAACUUUAGCCUGUAAGGCUAAAGUAAAUGUAGACAAUAUGUAACUACCUACCUACUACAUUUAAGGCGUCUUUAAAACUUAAAAGGUGGUUCUUAUUCUGUCAUAACACCACAUACGUAAGAAUAAAAAAUAACAAAUAUCUAACUAAAACACAUGGUGCAAAUUACCUAAUCACAAGUGAGUAAAACUUGUUUGACACAAUAGGUACGUGGUGGAUAUAUGUCAAAGACAACAUAGGAUUUCCACAAAUUCCUAGAAUCCGAAUUACAAUAACACGAUGUUGCAAAGAGUUGCCUAAAAAUAUCUGCUCUCGUUUUUACUGUAGGAGGCUUGUCUAUUUUAAUAAACAUUAUUAUCCUUUCUUAAAUAACAUAUAGAUUAUACGUGAAAAUGAUUUUGCAAAAAUAGUUUUCUACUAGAGGCUUUUGAAAACUUUAAGGUUUUAUCUGAACGAGAUGACUGUGACGUCAUCCCGUAUUACGGUUUGAUUUUUUUUAUACGCCUACUUUGUAACAGCACAUAACCCACACAAUAAGUUAUUUGUUACUGAACUUUAUAUCAUUUUACGAUAUGAAUAUACUAUCAACAAAUAAUCUUACUUGUGUGCCUAAGUAAUUUGAAAGAAUCUAUAGUUUCUAAGUAAACUGAGUAAAGUCAACACAGAUGUAACAAAAUUAAAUUGUCACAAAAUUAAAUUGUUAAUCUUAGAAAUGACGCCAUUUAAAAAAAAAAGCGCGGGAAUACAACAAGAUGGCGUCUUUGUCAUAGAUAAUAUUAGGUCAAAGAGUAUAGCUGUAUUUUGAAAUUGUUGUUUGGAACUAGAGAAAAAUCUAUGAUGUUGUCGAAUGUAGUAUUGUCAUAGUAUAUUGAAACUAGAUGUCAUUUUAGAUGCUUUAUGUAUUGGUAGCAGUGUAUCAAGACAAAACAUGGAUGUAAUACAUUUCUAUCGAAUAUUUAGCGAUACAUUUUAAGUAAUAGGUAAUUUAUUUUAUAUAAAAAUUGUUAUAAAAUGACCCAUUAUACUUGGCUAUUUAUAUUAUUUUUAAUAAUGAUUUUUACUUUAGUUUUUUAAUGUAUUUUGAUAUUUUAAGAGUAAAAUAUAUCUAAAAUAAUCAAUCAU